AUGCCGAAACAAGUAGCAACUCCAAAGGAAUUCCUUGCUCUCGCAGCUCGCCCUGAUGCCAAAUGGGUCAAGGUAAAGAAAGUUAACGACGACCUUACAAAAUUCAAGCUUAGAACAACAAAGUUCCUUUAUACACUUGUAGUAAAGCCAAAGUUUGUUGAGCUUGUUCAGAAUUCAAUUCCAGAAUCCCUCGAAGUAAUUGUCCUUGAUAAGAAGGCAGAAUAA